ACGUACUCUGCAGUCGAAAUCUUGAUAUUCAUGCUAUUUCUCUCUCUCUUUCUCAAGACACCUCCAUAGCUCGUCCUCAACACGAUAGUUUAUCCAGUUUAAAUCUCUUCCCUUUUCGUCCUCAUAUUAUACACAAAUUAUAACAUUUACACAAGAAACUCAAUCUUCAACAAAAAUGGGCUUUCUAACUCGAUUUCUAGUUUUCGUGUCACUCUUCACCGGUUUGGUCUCUGGAUUUGCUCUACAAAGGCUUCCUCUUAUACAGUUCGACGAAGGUUACACACAGCUAUUCGGUGACCAGAAUCUGAUUGUCCACAGAGACGGAAAAUCUGUCCGGUUAACGCUCGAUGAGAGAACCGGUUCUGGGUUUGUCUCAAAUGAUAUAUACUUGCAUGGGUUCUUCAGUUCUUCUAUCAAAUUGCCAGCAGAUUACUCUGCAGGAGUUGUUAUCGCCUUUUAUAUGUCAAAUGGAGACAUGUAUGAGAAGAAUCAUGACGAGAUUGAUUUUGAGUUUUUGGGGAAUAUCAGAGGCAAAGAAUGGAGGAUUCAGACCAACAUUUACGGUAAUGGAAGCACACAUUUGGGCAGAGAAGAAAGAUACAAUCUUUGGUUCGAUCCAACAGAGGAUUUCCAUCGAUACAGUGUCCUCUGGUCUCAUUCUCACAUCAUAUUCUAUGUAGACGAUGUUCCGAUCAGAGAAGUAAAACGCACGGCGACAAUGGGCGGUGACUUUCCGGCGAAGCCAAUGUCUCUAUACGCAACCAUAUGGGAUGGUUCCAAAUGGGCAACAAACGGUGGCAAGUACGGUGUAAACUACAAAUAUGCACCUUACAUCGCUCAAUUCACCGAUCUGAUCCUCCACGGCUGCGCCGUCGACCCCACCGACAAGAUUUCGAGCUGCGAAGACGGAGCGGCAAAGAACCUUCGGGUAGCUUCGGAGAUCACAAUGUCUGAGAGGAACAAAAUGAAGAGUUUCCGGCGUAAACACCUGACUUAUUCGUAUUGUUACGACCACACGAGGUACAAGGUGGUUUUGUCGGAAUGCGUGGUGAAUCCGGAGGAGGCUAAGCGUCUCAGGGUCUAUGAUCCGGUAACGUUCGGUGGGAUUCCACACCGCCACCGUCAUGGGAAGCACCGGAGCAAGAGCCGCUUCGACGGAUCUGAGUCCAUAUGAUUUGGUGUAUAUUAUUCACCUAGAGGGGCAUUUUUGGCAUUUUCUGUCUUGUAUAGGAAUAUAUGAAUUAUGGACUGAAAGAUGGACUGACACUCGGA